AAUAUGGACCACGGACACAUGGACCACGACAUGCCUGGCAUGGACCACGGCCACAAGUGCAACAUGAACAUGCUGUUCACCUGGGACGCGACCGACCUCUGCAUCGUAUUCCGCGGCUGGCACGUCUCCGGCACCUCCUCACUCAUUUUCUCUCUCCUCGCUAUCGUCCUGCUCACGGCGGGCUACGAAGCCGUGCGCGAAAUCUCACGGCGCUACGAUCUGUACGCGAAGAACAUAGCUGAAGGACGCCGCAGCGGUGAUGACCUGACAAACGGAAGCGCGGUGCUUGCAGGUGGCUCAGAUGAAUCGAGCUCAUUAUUGCACCCAGGGAGAUAUGUGGGACGGGUUAGCGAGAAGCAGACCAAGAUUGUGAAGGCGAUCUUGUAUGCGGUGCAGGUGUUUUAUUCGUUCUUCAUCAUGUUGCUCUUCAUGACAUACAAUGGCUGGGUUAUGCUUGCGGUUGCGGUGGGCGCCUUUGUUGGUUAUAUUCUGUUCAGCAAUUCGCCGCCUACAAAAUCCGCUGCUUGUCAUUGAGGUAGAUGGUCGAGGCUGAUGAAGUCUCGAGGGUCCAGACAUCGGCAUAGUGUUUGGACGGCAACAUGUGGCAUAGAGGAGAGAACUUUCAGUACAAGGCCAAGGCAGUCCGAGUGCGACGGUUCUGUACCAUAUGGGCUCACUUCCCAAUGUAAGCUAGGAUAGCAGUAAAUUUCAGUAGGAGAUGGCAUACUCCGCUCUC